AUGAUAAUCGGUUUGAUUGGGCAGAAGACGGUAUGCCAUCAACUAUUGUUGUUCGCCGUGGCUUAUAUUCUUCGGCGAUUCCAAGCUGGCGCCACUUGCAAGCUUGCUCGACGCGCGCGCCUCCAUCUUCCGCUCAUAUCAGACUCGGAGGUCUUUCAGCUGCUCCUAAUCCCGACGAAGCAUCUGCAUGUGUAG